AUGUUUCUCGACAUCCUCUCCACAACCGCCCUAGCAUCCACAUUUGCAUUUUUCGCGUGCGGAAUUCAAGUAUGCUAUAAAAUACGCGAAAAUGGACAUACUGAAGGAAUAAACCCUGCCCCAUUUCUAAUGACGCUAUUAUCUUGCGUAAUGAUGUUGCAAUACGGAAUCUUACGGGAUGACAACGUGGUGAUACUCUGUAAUUUGGUGGGAGCCGUUCUGGAGGGAAUCUACGUUGCUUACUAUUAUUACAUGACACAUUUAAAGCGAAGAAUCAGAAGAUAUUUAUUUAUCGAGCUUUUUGCGGUGCUAGCGAUGGAAUGGAUGGUUCAAGGGAUGGGGCUGCCCGAUCGUGGAUUGGCCGUUUUGGGCGUCGUCUGCAUGGUUUUGAAUAUUUCUGCAAUUGCGGCACCUUUGGCAUCUGUUCAGCAGGUCUUCCGCACAAAAUCCGCAGCCUCUCUGCCAGUCCCAAUUUGCAUAGCCUCCUUCAUCGUCUCGAUCCAAUGGCUCCUCUACGGCAUUUUAGUCGAUGAUCCUGUCAUCAAGUAUCCUAACUACAUCUCCACUUUUCUGUCUACCAUCCAAUUGGCGUUGAUCAUAAUUUACGGCACCGCCCGAAAGCCAAAGAUCAUCUACAUGGAUGAGUUG